AUGGAACCAGGGUCAAGUACUUUGUUGACUCUCCUCAUAACUUUGAGCUGGUUUCAUCUCGCCGAAUCUUUGGGCACCGGUUUAGGACUCUCCCCUCACAUGGGAUGGAGCAGCUGGAAUGUUAAACAAUGCGACUCGGCAUCGGCCAAAUAUGCCCUGGACGCGGCAGACAAGUUCAUCUCGCUUGGACUCAAAGAUCUCGGGUAUGAGUACAUCAAUAUUGACGACUGCUGGUCUACGAAAGAGCGGGAUGGAAGCGGAAAACUGGUGCCCGAUCCCGUCAAAUGGCCCAACGGCAUCAAGGCCGUCGCUGAUCGGAUUCACGACAUGGGUCUCAAGUUCGGCCUCUAUGGUUGCGCAGGCCAGAUGACCUGUGCCGAAUUCCCGGGGAGCGAGGGGUAUGCAGUGUCAGAUGUCGACCAGUUGGUUGGCUGGGGUGUUGAUUUUUGGAAGUUCGACAACUGCUAUACUCCCUGCAAGGUGAACCCUCGGCCCCAAACCUGCCCCGACCCGGCCGGAAACACCAAGACCUGGUACGCGCCGAUGCGAGAUGCAAUUCUUGCUGCGCGGGCUCGUACCGCAAGCCAGAUUCACUUCAACCUAUGCAACUGGGGGCGAGACGAGGUCUACAAAUGGGGCGCCCAGUACGGUGCCCAAUCCUGGAGAAUAAGCGAAGACAACUACGGUGACUGGGCCAGCAUCGAGCGCAUCGCCAGUACCGCGGCAGACAUCACGCAGUACAGCGGACCAGGCGGCUUCAACGAUCUCGACAUGCUGUACCUGGGCUCGCCCAAGCUCAACACGCGCCAGGAGCGCCUCCAUUUUGGCCUUUGGGCCAUCCUCAAGUCGCCGCUGGUGCUGGGGCUCGACCUUAGCAACAUCUCUGCGUCGACGCUGGAGAUCGUCACGAAUAGGGGAAUCAUCGAGAUUAACCAGGACCCCCUCGGCAAGCCGGCUAACACUUUUCGUCCGCCGGGCGGCCCGGAGCCUGUGAAAGGGAAGAUAUACCCGUACUGGGUGGGCGAGCUCAAGGAUGGGGUGGUUAUCGGUCUCUGCGCGGGCACUGCUGCCGGGAGGUAUAGUCUUGAGUUUAGGGAUGUUCCGGGGUUGGGAAGGGGUUGGUAUGAGUGGACAGAGAUGUAUACUGCCCAAACGGGCUGGGGUUCGGGCGUGUCGCUCGAUAUUGGCUUGCAUGAUAUGCGGGUUGUCAAGGUCGGCAGCUUCAUCUUCAGCACGAGCAACAUUCCGUCGAGACUGUCGGGCCCAGCAGGCAAGAGGGAUUACUAA